AUGGUGUAUGGGAAAGGAUGUCAUUUGCCAAUGGAGUUAGCUCAUCGGGCACAUUGGGCAAUCAAAACGAUGAACACGGAUUACGAUGAAGCGGGUAAGAUUCGGAAGUUACAGUUGAGCGAGAUAGAAGAGAUUCGAGAUGAAGCUUACGAGUGUGUAUCAACAUACAAGGAUAAGCUUAAAAAGGUUCAUGAUGCGAAGAUUAAGAAGCGAACCUUUGAAGGGGGCCAGAAAGUGUGGUUGUAUAACUCAAGAUUGAAGUUAUUCGUGGGCAAGCUAAAAAGUAAAUGGAUGGGUCCCUAUGUCAUUAGGCGAGUGGGUCGAUUUGGUGAUGUUGAUAUCCAAGAUGUUAAAACCAACAAGCAACAAACGGUAAACGGGCAUCGGCUUAAGACAUAUUUGGAAGGCAAUGACAUCAACAAAAUCAAACUCGACAAGGUGGGCUACAUCCUAUGCCCGGUGAAUGAGGAACAAGCAUGA